CUUAUGCUCAGAUAAAUUGGUUAGUCUCUAAGGUGCCACAAGUCCUCCUGUUCUUUGUGCGAAUACAGACUAACACGGCUGCUACUCUGAAACCUCUCCUUGUUUGUCUGUUGGGGGGAACGUGCCAUUUUCGGUGCAGUGGGGGUGCGCGGGGAAUGUACCAUUGCCAUUGGGACACCUCAGGAUGUGCCCAGCACAGACCCAUGAUGCAGCAUCCAAACAGGGUGACUUCACGUCAAGGCUGCCUAGAGCAAUGAGAGGGCCCCAAAGUGGGAUCAUGCCCCAUUGAGACGCCAUCAUGACCCCACAGCAUGCUGAGCCCUGAGGCUCUGGAAGUGGAUUUCAAGUAUCACCAACCACAAGCCUUCAAAACCAUGAAUCAGGCCUUCAAAAUCAUGAGACUGAAUUAAAAACAAUACACUUGGGGCUCUUCUGGUUCAUGUUUGCCCGUUUUUCUCCACAACCAUGAGAUAAAGGCCGAGAGUCUCACAAUAAUCUCAGGACUCCAGGAUCUGAGGCUUCAAGAAGAUUACCAAAUAUUGUGAUACCUGUGACAAAUCACAAGAGUUGCAAGACUGCAUCACAUCAAGAUCCUGCUGAGCCUCAACCAGAGCAAUGAGAUGGUAAGGAAGCUGGGUAAUGUUGUGCUCAAAUAUCACUCUGACCCACAAGAUGCUGAAAUGUGGCUCUGUUUCACAGGCCCCAACGGACGUUUUGUCACCCUUUCUAUCAGAGACGGAGGAACUGUCCCCCACCCUCAGGAGGAGAAAAUUAAUCUACCCAGAAUAACAGGAGGUUUUUAAGCAAUUGUUUGUAAUUCUGGACAAUGUGAACCGGGUAUGUAACUGCUUCAAAGGGGAUGAAGGGAUGGACCCAGAGACAGAAGAAUAGUUCUUCCUCUCCAGCACUUGGGCUGAGAGGAAACGGAGGGCACUUCUUCUGGACAAAGUAGCCAUCUUGCUCAAAGCCAGCACAGUUCAAGGGAAAGAUUUAAAGUUCGUUCUGGAAUCAUUAAAAGAAUGGGGUGAAAUGUUGUCAGAAGGCAAAGAACAAGUAGGAGACACCCUCACUGUCCAGUGGGUCAGUGAUAUGGAGACCAAGUUGCUGACCUCCCUUGAUUAUACAGAAGGAUGUAUAAUGCAGCUAUUCGAUCUCUACACAAGUCUUGUAGAACACAGGAGAAAAAAGAGGGGAAAAUCAAGUAUUUUUUUCAAACAUCUUGGAAUGAGAAAAGGGGAGAAAUUAAUAUUUCUGAUUAAUUUGGAGGAACAACGAUCUGAUGCAUAUGCAGCCAGAUUUUAAAAAAUGACCUUCAAGCAUGAGGCAUUUCAAUAUGCUUUCCAGCCUACUGUACAUCUUUAUUGAGAGCACCCCAAAGUGUUUUCCCAAUCAGAGGCAAACUAAGUAGACAAGCUAGAUACAGAAAGGAUUAUUAUCCCCAUUUUAAAUAUGGGGGACUGAGCAGUGAAGAAUCUUACCUAAUGUCACACAGAGAGUUUGUGACAGAGCCAUAAAUUGAACCAGAUCUUCUGAGUUUUAUCCCAGAGCCAUAUGACCAUCCCUCCUUUCAUUAUAGACCCUAAUUCUUUCUCUUUGUGUGUCUAACUUUCCCAGUUGUUCCCAAAACCGGCAUGUGGAGAGCAUGGCGAGAGAAAGUUGCAUAGAAACCUCAGGAAGCCCAGCCCUUGAGCCCUGAACAGAUGCUAGAAGAUGAAUCUGUAAUUUUCUCCAGGACUUCUGAGCUCCUUACCAUGUUACAGGAAUUUGUAGGGUCCACACUGUUCAACAAAGCAGAAGCUGUUGUUGUUAAAUAUAUAGUGACAAUGGUGGCCAAUCUCACCAAAGCCUUCACUCUGCUAACCAAACAGUGCCGUGGCCUGCAAGCAAAGUAUGAUACCUUAGCAUCCCAGGAGUCCAGGAAGCAGGAAGUUCAGUAUGUGAACCUUCAAAAGGAAGUACAGAUGCUUAAUGAGAAAACGGCAUCUUUGGAGGCUCGAGUCCAAAGCAUUGAAGACAAAUACAAGAUGCUUCUUGUAGCAAAUGAGGCAAUGCAAAAAGAACUGCACAAGGUGAAGGAAAAAGCAGUAAUAAAGAUAGAACCAUCUUUAAGAGACAUGAAAUUUGGGGCCAGGGCUUCUUUUGAAAGAAAAUCCCAGGAAGAUGAUGAUAAAGAUCUUAGUAGGAAAAAGGAUGCGGUUCUGUCAGCUGAAAAGCUGUCAUGGAAAUCCCAGGCAGACCUUGGUAAAUCCCCCUGUAGGAAAAGGGAGGCAAAGGUACCAGAUAAAAAGCAGCUUCAGAGACCAUUGGUAGAGAGAACAGAAGACACCAGUGACAAACAGGAUACAAAGCUUCUAGAUAAAAAGCCAGCACUGAAAGCCUCAAUAGAGAGAGGUGAAGAGACCAGUGACGAAUAGGAUGUAAAGCUUCUAGAUAAAAACCCUUUAAGGUAAGUCUUGGUAGAGGGAGGUGAAGGCACCAGUGACAAAUGGGAUACAGAGCUUCUAGAUAAAAAGCCAGCACUGACAGCCUCGACAGAGAGAGGUGAAGACAUCAGUGACAAACAGAAAGCCCCAGUAGAGAGAACUCAAGACACUGUUGUCAAAUGAGAUGCAGUCAUCCCAGUGGGAAAACAAGAAGAGACUUCAGGAGACCUGGUUGGAAGACGGCAUGAACCACCUCUGGACAGUGAGCAAACAGAGGCUGCUGACAAAUGGGAUGUGAGCCUCCUGGGUGGAACCCAAGAAGCUGUUGAAGAUGUCACUGGUGAAUGGCAUGAGAUCCUGCCUGAUGAACAUGAGCUCAAGGCUGACAGUGAAGAAGAAAUUGAAAUGCUCCCAUCCCCAACAGAGCUCCCAUACCAAGGGAUCUCUGGGAAAGGAAAGCAGAGGAGGAAGAAGGAAAGCCUGUACACUGAGGAGACACAUACAGAAAUGCCUCAGAGCCCUAUCAGCAGAAGCAAGCUUGAACCAUCCACUGAACUGUGUGGGUUUAAUUCAGCUACCCUGGCUUAUCUGGAGCAGAAGAUGGAGAAGCUAUGGAAAUGUCCCUCUCCCGGGAAGAGACAAGCAGAGAGGAUGCUGCCCAACGACCCAGAAGCCCAAAGGCUCUACAUGGCCUUGGAGAGGAAACUGAAAGAAUGCAUCUCAAAAAUGAAGAUAAAAUAUUCCAGCAGCUUAGAGGAACAGAAACUUCCAAGGAGCCUGGAGCUGACUGAAGAGCAUGAUGAGGAGGUAAAGUUGAGUGAUCCUGACAGUCCCUUUUUGGAGUCCAAAGUUCCUGUGAUCUCACGAUGGGGACUCCCUGCAGCCCUGUGGAAGGAACCUAACGUCUCAGCACAUUUUCAGUUUCCCAAGCAAUGGCAGCAGCAAUGGUGGCAACAGCAGCAGGAGCAAUGGCAGGAGGAGGAGCAGGAAUGGUUUAAGAAGAUACAGAAGGAGCAGCAAUAUCAGAUGCAGUCACCACAGCCUGAGGAGCAGCUCCAGCAGCAGCUGCAAGGGGUAAAGGAGAAGGUGGAGGUGGAGCAGCUGGAGGAGGAGUAGCUGCAGCAGGAAGAACAUCAGUUUGAGGAGCUGCAGCCACGGCAGGAGCCACUGCAGGAAGGGCAGAAGGAGCGGCAGGAAGAGAAGCAAAAGCAGUGGAAGAAGUGGCUGGAGGAGCAAGCGGAGGAGCAGAGGCUGAGGCAGCAGCAGCUGAAGCAGCAUCAGAGGCUAUGUCAGCAGUGUCAGGAAGAGCAGCAGGAAAAGCAUGAGGAGCAGCAGAGGCUGUGGCGGCAGCAGGAGAAGGUGCAGAGACUGUAGCGGGAGCAGGAGGAGGUGCAGAGACUGGCGGCAGCAGGAGGAGGAGCAGGAGGAGGUGCAGAGGCUGUGGCGGCAGCAGGAGGAAGAGCGUCAGAGGCUGUGGCAGCAGCAGGAGGAGGUGCAGAGACUGUGGCGGCAGCAGGAGGAGGUGCAGAGACUGUGGCGGCAGCAGGAGGAAGAGCAUCAGAGGCUGUGGCGGCUGCAGGAGGAGGAGCAGGAGGAGGUGCAGAAACUAUGGCAACAGCAGGAGAAAGAGCGUCAGAGGCCGUGGCAGCAGCAGUGGGAGCAGCUGAAACUGGCAGCAGGAGGAGAAAGAGCAUGAGGAGCAGGCGAGGCACUGGCAGCAGCAGGUGGAGGAGCAUGAGGAGCUGUGGCAGCAGGAGCAGGAGGAACAUGACCUUCAGCUGAGGAAGUGGCAGCAGCAGGAGGUGAAGCAGCGGGAGCAGGAGAGGCUAUGGCAGCAGCAGUGGCAGAAGCAGACUACCCCCACAUCUGCACAUGCAGGCGAAGGAAGUUAUCACUGAGACCCUGCACACUGAUGUUGAGAGGCUGGCUCUCCUCUUCCACAAAUACAUCUACUUCUGCCACCUUCAGCAUGUCAGACAAACCUUAAUGUUCCGAUUGGAAGCUGCCAGAGCUGUAAAUGAUGGUGCUGAGGUCUGGAACUUGUACACAUAUGUGGAGAGGGUGGAUGCUUACCGGAAAAAGGUGCUACAGUGCUGGGUGGCCAAGCAGAAAACAGCAGAGCAGACACGUCAACACUGCCUUGGCAAGAUGAUUUCCUUAUUUGCCCAGCUCCGCCUGAGCACUGAACUCCACCUCAGCAGCCCAUCCCCACUCAUGAUCAAAGCAGUGGAUGAAAUGAAGAAGGAGUUCCCGUCCUCAGCCCAUGCCGGAUCCAAAUCCCCUGGCUAUCCAAACCCCCUGGCAAGUGUGAAGAAAGUCAGAGACUUUAUGCAUCCAGCUGGAGUCAGUGAGCAGCUUUGUGACCAGAUAGAGUCAGUAUGGAGGACCGAAGUCAUCUCUCACAGUUUUCCUAUUGUUCCAAAACCCCCUGUGUCACUACUCUGGUCCCAGGCUCGUGGCUUCCCAGAUAUCCCUAGAUUUUUGGAACUGGAUGUGAGUUCAGUUAGGAGCAAACCCUUUAGAACUCUACAGGCACGGAUGCAGGGGAGUUGAGUGGGAAGAACCUCCGGAAGAGAACAGCAGAAUUCUGCUCACCUUCUCCAACAUUCACUGAGUGCCUUUUAUCCAAACAUUGUUUACAAACCAUACGGCGACUGUACCCAUAGAAUCCAGUCACCGUGCGGGUAGAGGGCAGCAAUCAGGCUGUGUUGCAUCGGGUGCGGGGCUUGGGAAGUGUUUGGGAAACCCUGACUCUUGUGAAAAGUGCUGUGGGAUCUUCCUGGCUCUACUCCAUUUAACAUUUUUACCAAUAACCUGAAAGAAAACAUUAAAUCAUCAUUGAUCAAGUUUGCAGAUUACACCAAAAUCGGGGGAGUGGUAAGUAAUGCAGGGGACAGGUCACUGAUAUAGAGAGAUCAAGCUGGGCUCAAGCAAACAAUAUGCCUUUUAAUAUGGCUAAAUGUAAAUGUAUACAUGUAGGAACAAAGAAUGUAGGCCAUACUUACAUGAUGAAGGACUCUAUCCUGAGAAGCAGUGACUCUGAAGAAGAUUUGGGGUUCGUAGUGGAGAUGAUCAGCUGAACAUGAGCUUCCGUGUGACUCUGUGGCCAAAAGAACUAAUGUGCUCAUUGGGUGCAUAACCAGGGCACUCUCAAGUGGCAGUAAACAGGUUAUUUUGCCUCUAACAUGACAUUGGUGUGACCACUGCUGGAAUACUGUGUUCAGUUCUGGUGCCAGCAAUACAAGAGGAUGUUGAUAAAUUGGAGUGGGUUUAGAGAAGUGUCACAAGAAUUAUUAAAGGAUUAGAAA